CACACAAACACACACUUUCUUUCAUUGGUUGUUUCUUCUUAUCAAACCAUCUUUCAGAAAUGAGCGAAGAAGCAAGAAACGAACGGCGAGUGCUGGUGGCAGUGGACGCAGGUGAAGAAAGCGCUUACGCCCUUUCUUGGAGCCUCAAGAACAUAGUUUUCCAAAAUUCCAGAGAUACCCUUAUCCUUCUAUACGUCAAGCACCAUCAAUCCUUUUUUACCCCCUUCGAUGCCACAGGCAGAAUGGAUGAUCCUCAAACUCCACGUAUCUUUAAUCCUUCUUUUAAUUCUACAUAUAUUUUUAAUUAUUUGGUGCCCUUUCUAUUACUAAUUUCAGCAAUUUUGUUUUCCUCAGAGAUAAACGCAACUAUCGAGAAGUAUAGCCAAGACGUGGCCGAUUGCGUUAUAGAGAAAGCCAAGAAAUUAUGUAAACAUCUCCAACACGUUAAAGUGGAGACGAGGGUAGAGAGUGGAGACCCGAGGGAAGUGAUAUGCGAGAUGUCUGAGAAGUUGGGUGCCGAUGUGCUAGUCAUGGGUAGCCACGGCUAUGGUUUUAUCAAGAGAUCUUUCCUUGGAAGUGUGAGCGAUUAUUGCUCACAGAAUGUCAAGUGCCCAGUUUUGAUUGUAAAGAAUCCAAAGCGAAGUGCCGAUGCUGAAGAAUAAUAUGCUAAUUUUGUUCUUCUAUGGUUUUUCAAUCUAGAUUAUAGUUUAGUUUUGUCGCUCUUCUAAUCGUGUGAUAUGCUUUCAAUUUUAGAGAAUAUCCUUGAGGAUUGGGAAUGCCUUGCUGUCAAGGCUCUCAAGUUGGGUCAACUGUGAUCGAUUGUAUCACUGUUACAAGUUACAAGUCAAGAUGGCUAAUAAUUUGAGUUAGAUAUUUUUU